AAUGUUGCAGUGGAAUAAAAAUAAACAUUACGCAACGAAUGAAAUGUUGCUACACAGCAUAUUUAUUUAGAAAGGCAAGAAUGCGUUUGGAGAAAUAGUCUGUAGACAAAACAGAAACGACGACAUGCAGGCUAUGGGCACGAACAUGAUCAAAUGAAAGCACAAUAGGCCACCUUACAAAAAGGCUCAACUUAUUACCAAAACCAAAUUAGCCUAAUAUUGUGUGCCUAAAAGGUCCGAUGGCUUGCUCACAACUUAGUUACUUUAAUUAGAAAGAUGUUUUUGGCCAAAUUAAGGGAAUAAUGAAUGCAAUAAAACGAAUUACAAACUCAUUUGAAUCAUAAAAAAUACCCCCCGAAGUUUAUUGACAUACGCGGCCCACAUGUAGUGUAAUUUAGAAGAUAAAACCUAUUCUGUGGCUUUACCUUAUGUAAUUUAAAUAAUAUAGGCCUAUCAUAAUUGUUAUAUAGGAAUAGCCUAUAUCCAUCCAGUAUUUCCUAUAGGAAUAGACUAUAUCCAAUUAUGUGCAUUUUUUAAAUGUAACAUUGCCGGCCUGGCCUACCAUUUUGUUUUCAUUUAGGCUACUUUCGUUUCGUUUGGUGAGACAACAACAGUCAGACAACAACAACGGUGGUAGGGCAAAAUAACACCAAAAUACCAAUAAUAGUAAGAAAAGUAAUAAUAAUUAUAAUAAUAAUAUAAUUAUAUAAAACUAAAAACAACAAUCCACCCUUGUGUAAGAAUGUUACAUCGUGUGUAAUUUAACAACAAUACCGAUCUCAUACGCUCCUGAGAUCUACCUUUGUUGUAAAAUUACGCAUGAUGUAACAGCCUUACAAGGUAUAGCAUUCAGGCAUCAGCACUUCAAGCCAAGAAAGAGUGCAAAACAGUGGGAUCAGAAGGCAAGAAGAGAGAAGGGGAAUACUUUCUGAAAUUCUGUCCAAGGUAUACGGUCGGUUAAAAGGCUUAAAAGCUUGGGGAAAAUUGGAUCAGGGAGAAUCGUCACCCAACUUUCAUUAUUUCCAAGUGGUGUGAUUGAAUUAAAGGGCAAGAUGGUGGUUAGAAAGGAGAGAGGUGGAUGGCGCGCUGGGAGAGGGGGGGGGUCGGCGCGUAAUGGCGUGGUAUUAAAUUCUAAUUAGAGAUGCAGGGGAUCAAUGAUAGGGAGGUUGGACAGCGCGGUCCCCCAGUGCCAGCCCAAUAGACUGAUGAGUUAUUGUCAUGUAAAAAAGCGCUAGCAAUAAGACCAAACGCUUUGCUAUUGUCCAAGCGGAAAGAGCCAAGUUUAUUAUGAGGACUAUAUGCUCUAGAGACCUGAGGCUAGGCGGCUCUUAGGGGGCUUUUCAUAAAACAGGGCGAAGCUCCUAUAAAGGAGGCCAGUUUUGGAGCAGGCGCCGAGCAGUGCACAUCUACCCACAGUCUAGCCUCUUUCCAAAACAGUCAAAUCCAAGCAAUUCAUCUCUCCCCAACAUAUCUCGCGUUGUUAUCAUUUUUCCUGGGAAGUGCUGCUUUCUUUAUCCACGGAGCCUUUUCAAAUGUAUAAAAUGGAGUAUUCUUACUUAAAUUCCUCUGCCUACGAGUCAUGUAUGGCCGGGAUGGACACGUCAAGCUUGGCAUCAGCCUAUGCGGACUUCAGCUCGUGCAGUCAAGCCAGUGGGUUUCAGUACAAUCCGAUCAGGACCACGUUUGGGGCUACCUCCGGCUGCCCGUCGCUCACGCCGGGGUCUUGCAGUCUGGGGACCCUGCGGGACCACCAAAGCAGCCCGUACGCUGCAGUUCCUUACAAACUCUUUACGGAUCAUGGUGGACUGAACGAGAAGAGAAAGCAGAGGCGCAUUCGGACCACUUUUACCAGCGCGCAGCUCAAGGAGCUCGAGAGGGUUUUUGCUGAGACCCACUACCCAGAUAUCUACACACGAGAGGAGCUGGCGCUCAAAAUCGAUUUGACUGAAGCCAGAGUGCAGGUGUGGUUCCAAAACCGACGCGCCAAAUUCCGCAAGCAAGAGCGCGCGGCCGCUGCUGCAGCUGCAGCUGCCAAGAAUGGCUCCGGGAAGAAGUCGGACUCUAGGGACGAGGACAGUAAAGAGGCCAAAUCUACCGAUCCUGACAGCACCGGAGGACCGGGGCCCAACCCCGUCCCAACGUCCAACUGCAGCGGGCCCAGCCCAACCAUUGGCCAGGUCAACGUUUCCAGCGGAAACGGACAAGUGGACCAAGGGAAGACGUCAGUGUCUCCCGGCAUGUGUGGAAACACACCGAGUCAAGGCUGGGCUUCUGCCCCGGGCACCAUCAGCUCUAUCCCGGACUCAUUGGGUGGACCGUUCGCCAGCGUACUGUCCUCUUUGCAAAGACAGAACGUAGCCAAAGCUACAUUAGUAAAGACGAGCAUGUUCUAAUACAGCGGAGACCCAUUGACAAAAUCAACAAGAGAAACAUGGUUUACUGACUCCGGUGACUGAGGAGUGUUGAGUCGUGGAAGGAGGGAUGUUACAAGACAGACAGAAGGACACUGAUAGGCCUAUCAUAACCGCAGUUGUAAAAAUACGGUUAUCGUCUAGUAUCGUGGUCAUUCUGCACUUAUAACUGUCUGGUUCAAGUAACCACAAACAGCUGCGCAUUCAUACGCAGUCCCAUCAUAGGACCAGAUGUCAAAAUAUAUUGGACACUGUAGGCUACAACUGCUUCUUUUUUUUAAGUUGCCAACAUUCUUAUUUGACUGAAGGUGUUUGAUAUAUCGAACAUCUCUACUUAUUAUCGAAUGAGACAUCGACUAUUUUGUCAAUUUCCUGAUGCAACUUGCUAAGUGUAAGUAGCCUAUACGUCACUGUUUCAGGGCUCAUGAAGAAUAUCGUUUCGUUCAAUUGUUGAUAUCAAAUGAACACGCAUUAUUUCCAAAAAAAAAGGCACAAAGUACUGCUGACAGGAAUAAGUAGGCCUAAUUGUUUUGUGUGUCUUUCUAAGGCUGUGUUUUUGUGGCUCAAAUUGUAUAGUGUUAAUAUGUAUUAUUGUAUCCUAUAGUUGACCAUAGGCCAUACUCCCCUUGUAGAAUCACAGUCUUUUUUGACGUUUUACAAAGUUACAACUGGCGAAUUUAUUUUGCGUAAAAAAGGGAAUGGAUGGAAACAUUGUAUUUAUUUCAUUUUUAUUUGCAUGUCGUCUUUUCUGUCCGAUUUUAUAAUAAUUUUCCCCAUUUUGUGAGCAUAAUGUAACAUGUUUUGUCCAGGAUUUGAAAGCUAUUUAUAUGUAGGUAAUGAAUGCUUAUAUUUAAGAAGGAAAUAUUUCUACAUGUUCACAUAGUUUUCCAGGUGUACCAUUGAAAUGGUUGUUGGUGAUAAAAAUAAUAAUCAAAUUUGC